CUGAACUGGGAGGGAAUACAUUCGCUCUGAGUUUGCAUUGAGAGCUCAGCCAUUAUCAGCUGUACACUGAGGACAGGGACUCCUCUGCAGACUCCUUUUCCACACCUAGUGCUUGUUGAUUAGCUCUCUUUCUCUCAUUUGCAGCCAUGAAUUAUUUGCGCCGGCGUCUCUCGGACAGCACGUUCAUCUCCAACCUGCCCAAUGGCUACAUGACGGACCUCCAGAGGCCUGACCCUGCUCAGCCUCCUCCACCUGCUUCCACCACACCUGCCAAAUCUCCUACAGCUGGGCCUACACCUCCUGCAACUUCCCCUGCUCCAGAAAGGAAACCCCAGACCUCCCAGUCCACUGGAUCAGGCUUCUUUAGCUCCAUCACCAAUGUUGUUAAGCAGACAGCUGCUUCAGCAGGGCUAGUGGAGCAGACCCAAGUCACGACACCUAAGAAGUUCAAGAUUCUCCUGGUUAUUGAUGAACCACAGCAAGAGUGGGCAAAAUUAUUCAAGGGAAAGAAAGUGCACGGGGAUUAUGACAUCAAAGUGGAGCAGGCUGAAUUUAAUGAGAUCAACGUCGUGGCUCAAGCAAACGGUACAUGCAACGUGAACAUGCAGGUUCUGAGGAACGGCACUAAGGUUGUCAGGUCAUUCAAGCCCGACUUUGUCCUCAUACGUCAGCAUGCCUUCAGUAUGACCCAGAAUGAAGAUUUCCGCAACCUGAUCAUCGGUCUGCAGUACGGAGGAGUCCCCAGCAUCAACUCACUCGAGUCCAUUUACAACCUGUGUGACAAGCCGUGGGCGUUUGCCCAACUUAUCAACACCUACAGGAAGCUGGGUGCUGACAAGUUCCCUCUGAUCGAGCAGACCUUUUACCCAAACUAUAAGGAGAUGGUAAGCAUGCCAUCAUUCCCUGUUGUGGUGAAGAUUGGACAUGCUCACUCUGGUAUUGGAAAGGUGAAAGUGGACAAUCACACUAAAUUCCAGGACAUAGCCAGUGUUGUGGCUCUCACUCAGACGUACACCACCACAGAACCUCUCGUCGACUCCAAAUACGACAUCAGAAUCCAGAAGAUUGGCAAUGACUACAAAGCCUACAUGAGAACAUCCAUAUCUGGAAACUGGAAGACCAAUACAGGUUCAGCUAUGCUUGAACAGGUGGCCAUGACAGACAGGUACAAGCUGUGGGUUGACACCUGCUGUGAGAUUUUCGGCGGUCUGGAUAUAUGUGCAGUUAAAGCCAUCCACGGAAAAGACGGAAAAGAUUAUAUAACAGAGGUGGUGGGCUCUGCCAUGCCCUUAGUAGGGGAGCACCAGGCUGAGGACAGACAACUCAUUGCAGACAUGGUGUUUGCAAAAAUGAACCAGUUGGCCGAGAAGGAGGCUAAUGCUCCACAGAGACCCACCACCAUACAACCAUCACAGGGAAGUGGCGUGACAGGAGAGACUGUUGGUGAACCCACUAAGAACGGCACUGGCCGUCCACCUCAAGGUUGUCUGCAGUACAUUCUGGACUGUAACGGUGUUGCAGUGGGUCCAAAACCAGUCCAGGCCAACUGAGUCAUCCAGGAAAAGAGGAUGGAAAGUGGAGAUAACAGUGAUGUACCAUUAGCUGAACACAAGAGCAGACAUGUGUGGAUGCUGAUAGCUAGAAUCCGAUCUGGGUGACGUUAGCGCCGUACAGCUGAGCGCUGGCCUGUACUGUGUUUUUAACUCUAUGCAGUGUCAAAAUGUACUGUCUACAUGUUGAUUCGUGUGCUUGUAUAGGUCACCUAUGUUUCAGUAGCUGUGGAUUUUCUUUGGGGCUGUUGUUGAUGAUGUAAAAAGCAGAUUGUGCCUACACUGAGUUCAGUGCUGCUAUGUGCUAUCCGUUUGACCCAGCUAUGGAUCUUUAAUUUGCCCUUUGACCCCUUUAUGUUUUCUAUUUUAGUGUGUACCUUUAGAUAUUGUUCAAACUGUGGAUUAUGGUGCAGUUUGAAGUAUGUGUAUCUCAAAACAAUAUGUAUACAGUAUGUGGGUGUGUAUGAUUGUAGUGGUGAUUAUUUUCAUACUUAUACUAAUGGAUAUUUAUUUUUGUUUUGCAUGAUUGGUACAAAAGCAGGUGCAGGUCAGAUAUAAAUGUCUGAUCAAGUGGGAUGUUCUUGUAACAUCGCUGAUUUACUCUAAAUGUGUUCCUUGUGGUUCAUGCAUUAUGAAGAAAUGGAUUACUAUAUGAGUUCUACAGGAUACAUGUAUUCAUUAACAUAUAGUUAUACUCUACAUACAUACACAGCCUAGAUGUGCAUUAUGUUACAUUCAUAGAGUUAAUUUUUCUCAUCUGUAGUAAAAAUUACACUAGAAAAGAGUUUAUUGAGAUAAUAAUAGACAGACACAUAAUAAAUAUUAAAAUUAGUUGGAGAUUUUAUUAUAAAGGACUUUGUGUCUGCACACAUCUUCAAUAUAUUUGUAUAAUUUUGAACCAAAGAAUAAUUUUUUAAAUCACAGAGUUUGCACUCCAGUAACCCACAAUGUAAAUAUCAGUGAGAGGGCUGUUCACCUGCAGCUUGUCACAGAUGUGUGAUUUCAACAGAGAACAAUGCUCCGGUACCAUACUCAAGUUUCAAAAAAAAAGCCUGUUGCAUAUCACACAUCCGUUAACCGAUGCUGUUCCCGAAGCUGUUUGUUGUCCUUUUGCGUUUUGUUUUGUGGAUAACAGACGGUACAGCCGGUAAUGAAAAGGUGUAGGGUAUGAUCUGCCAUGAAAUGAAAGCUAUAAAGUCUCCCCAUGGCCCUCGCACUGGAUAUUCGUUAUCAUUGUGGUGUUGCCAUGACAACGAUGAACGUGCUCUGAGAUUUACUGUGGACUUGUUUUUACUGUGCUCUAUUUACUGCCAUUCAAAGAUUUAACAUAUUUACCUUAUUAUACUCCCUGUGACCUGAUGGAAAGUGCAAUAUAAAUCUUUGUUUUUUUUAAUUAACUAUGUAUUUAUUCUGAAAUCAGAUCUUCCACCUCUUCAAUUCCAAAAGCUGUUGUCAUCUACAUAUUGAAUUCUUUUAAAACUUUUUUUUUUUAAACAAAUGUCACAAUCAUUUGGUUGUUUUCCAACGGCUUUUGUGGAAGCCAUUUCAUAUUACUAAGUGGUGAAACAGCUAAAUAGCUACCAAAUCAGAUGUAAAAAAAAAAAAAUUUAAAAAAAAUCUCUACUGUUUUCCAACGUAAUACUAUAAAAUAUGUUCAGCAAGCUCUGUGUGAAUUUUUUUUUCCCAAAGUUGUAUAAAGUGCCAUUGUAUCUGUGAGCGUAUCCUUGUAAAAGCCAUGCCUGAGGCUUAAUGGGUGUGUUGUUCUGUUCACUAGGAAAUAUGCCAUGACAUUGAUUUCCAAGGGAAGAUUGUGCAGUGGUGCCCAGUCUGUAAUAACUGCAUGGUCAUGGUUCAGUGAUUGUGGCUGACUAUCUGACAAGUCAUAACUGGAUGUGGUUUUUUGGAUUUUUUUAGAUUGUGCAGACACGGUACAUGCAUAUGUUGAGAUCUGCAGGACUGUAACUGUUAAGGGCCAUAGUAACCUGGCAAUACAUGUACUGUUAAAACUGCUGUUGGAUUGUAUAAAUCAAAAUUAGAGUACAAUAUAUCAGAAAAAAUUCCAAUAUGGAUAUUUCCCCUAUGUCACUGGCAAUAAAGCUUACUUUGCAAUACA